UAUUUAUUUGUAAUUUUCUCUUGUCCUUCAGUUAUACACUGUUUGCUUCAGCACAGUGAUGGCAAUAUUGACUGUAGUUUAUUGAAGAAUUUUGUUGGUUUGCAUGUUUACUGAGAAUUAAUGAUUAGACUUUUUCACUCUGGAAAUGUACAUAUAGUAUCUCAAAAUAAUAAAAUGUUGUCAAACAAACGUUUGGUGGCUAUAUGUGCCAUUGUAUUUUCUUGCAAUGUGGCAUUAUUGGUUCUGUUCGUGAAAUACCAUACAGGAAAUAAGUGUUUUGUCACUAUCAACGAGCAUCAAAAGGUAAUAGCUUAUUUGCCAGAUGACUUUCUUAGCGUUGGUAUUGAUACUUCAGAAAUUCAAGACUAUGAUAGUUUAGACUUCAAGAAAACAAAAUUACGAGAUUUGGCCGCAGCACUGGCGCCAGCACGUCUACGCCUUGGUGGCACUAUGUCUGAACGUCUUAUAUUUAGCCAACAGGACAUUAUAGCGACAUGCCAGCAUUGCCCAAAUCACCACAGUUCUAUUUGUGCAGCAGUAAAAAAAUUAUGUAGACACAAAUUUUUGCCAUUCUUCAUUUUGACUGGAAAUAAAUGGGAUGAAAUAAAUGAAUUUUGUAAGGCUGUAAACUUAAAAUUAUUGUUUAGCUUAAAUGCAUUAAUUCGUGAUGAGCAUGGAUGGAAUGAUGUAAAUGCUAAGGAACUCUUACAAUAUUCUAAAUCUAAGAACUAUGAUAUUGAUUGGCAGCUGGGUAAUGAACCAAACUCUUACCAUCAUGUUUUCAAUAUUACAGUCACUCCUCAUGUAUUGGCUCACGAUUUUAAGAAGCUCCGUAUGCUGUUAAAUAAUUUUGGAUUUAAUAAAUCAUUGCUUGUCGGCCCAGAUACAACACAGCCUAGACCUGAGCAACCUCAAUGUCUCAAAUACAUGGUUGAGUUUUUAGGUAACGGAUCUCAUAGUAUUAAUGUAACAUCCUGGCAUCAUUAUUAUUUGAAUAGUAGAACAGCUAAAUUGGAUGAUUUUUGGAACCCAGACACAUUUGAUUUGUUGAAAGACCGUAUUCAAACAAUGAGACGAAAUACUGAGGAAUAUGCCCAAAUUCCUAUGUGGCUCAGUGAGACCAGUAGUUCGUAUGGGGGCGGAGCUCCAGGACUAUCCAACUCAUAUGCUGCUAGUCCACUUUGGGUUGACAAAUUAGGCCUUUCUGCACAAAAUAACAUCACAACAGUUAUAAGACAGAGCUUUUUUGGAGGGAAUUACAGUUUAAUUGACAAAGAUCUAGAACCUCUUCCUGAUUGGUGGAUAAGCAUAUUAUUCAAAAAACUUGUAGGAAAUAAGGUGUUACAUGUAGACUGCCACUGUUCACGCUACCAAAGAAUGUACGCUCACUGUGCAAAUAGGAAUUACACUAAUGAUACAACAGCAAUUACUAUUUACGCUGUGAAUUUAGAGAUGGCUAAACCAAGAUUUCUCCUUAAUGGCUCUGCUUUACAUGGAGACAACUUAUAUAUUGAUGAAUACAUUCUGAGUGCACCUUCUAAUAAUAGAAGAACCAAGACGGUGUUACUGAAUGGUUGGCCUCUAUAUUAUGACUCUGCAUUGCCAGAAUUGGAACCUCGCAAAAUUAGAUAUGGGAAUCAUAUUUCUUUGCCGCCAUACUCAAUUGGUUUUUGGGUAAUUCAAAAUACAUCCAUUGAUGUGUGCAAAUAAAUAGGAUUUUAUUAAUUUUCAUUGUAACAUUAAAAGUUUUCUGCUUUUAUAUUUGUUAAUGACUGAUUAUUUACUUUCUUGACUGCAUUUUUCAUAAUUUUUACAUUCCAGUACAUUAUUUUUUAUUUUCCACAAUGUGGAUGAUUAUAGAAUAAGCUCAUUAUUUUUAUGUCAGUGCAAUUUAUUUAGAAAAACAGUGAUAAGAAAUUUUUAUAAGAUUUCAUUGUAGAUUGAUCAUUUCUUUGGAAUGGAAAUUCUAAUUUCUAUUGUAUUUUUUAUUUUACAAAUUUAUACAAUACUUUAUCACGACAUGUACAGCUAGGUACAUAUAUUGUGAUGAUAUUUAUUAACAAUUUGACACCAAAUUUUCCAUUAUUGAUUAAGAUAAUUUUUUUAGGGCAGGCCAUGCCCUAAAGAUUUAUACACAUUGAUUUGUUACUAUACAUAUUUGAUUUCUUUAUUAAAUUUCCACUUUAAGAUUUGUGUUCUAAAUGUGCUUAUACACAAUUUUUAUAUCUAGCUAUUUGAAAAUUUUAUGCCAUCCAUUACAUUAUGAUAACAGUGAAAGAAUUUAUUAAAUAAAUAUAAAAAUAUAUGUCCAUUUAGUACCUUAUUAUAAGAAUAUAUUUAAAAUAUGGCGAUAAAAAUAGAAUUUUGUCUGUUUAUGUAUUAAGUGGUAAGACAAUACAUUGUUUGAACAUACUAGCAACAAGUAUUGUAUUACUAUAAAAAUGGGUAUCAGUAUGUUUUAUGGACUUACCUACAUAGUUGGAUCUGACAAUAUAAUUAUAGAUCGACUCCAAUUUGCUAAUAAUAAUCUUUUGUAAUAAGUUAGUGUAUCUCUUUUUAUAUGGAGAAAUCUCUAAUAUUAAAUAUAAGAACAAAAACAAUUUUACAUUUUCCUUUAUAUAUAUAUAUACUGAGUUGCACUUGUUUUACAAUAUUAUCAAAGUGUUGUAUCAAUGACUAUGCUCUGAAUAAAAAAAUCUGUUUUUAAGACUCCUAUUAAAUAAAUAAAAAGUACUAUUAUUAUUGUUAUGUAUAUUGAAUCUUAUAAUUCUUACAAAUAAAUGGUACUAAGUUAAUAUUUUUUUAUGAUUUCUUAAUAGUGGUAAAGCAGUAAGUUCUAUGCUGAAUAAUAGCCAUAUUUGUAUGGCAUUAUUCUGUACAGUUACAUGUUUAAUUCUACACAUUUUUGGCAGUCCUUCAAAAUUUUUGUUAGUAUAAGGGCACUGUUGUAGGUACAGUUUUGUUUCAGUAUGUACACAACAAAUGCCAUAAUUUGAAUCUCUUAAUCUUUGAUAAUAUUGUCUUCUAUCAUUUCAAUAGUAUUGUUAUCAAUUAAUUAAUAAUAAUUCAUUGCUAUAAUGUUGUGAAGUGAAAUAAAUUUAAAGUAAAUAUAAUAUUGUCAUCCUGAAGUGUGACCCUAUAAUAUUAUCAUGUCUCAUUACACUGGAGUAACCUUGCUUGGUGUCUAUCAAGGAGAAGUCUACACUCGACACUGAACUAUUGACAUUGUUUGAUAUCAAGAGUAUUAACUGCAUAUGUAUGUUUUAAUACAUAGCGAUCUUUUCAUACACUAAACUAAGUUGCCUACAAAUUAGUUAUAAAAAUCUCCUAUUACAAUAGUUAUGAUUAAGUUUUUUUUUUAUUGACACAUAUGUGCAAAGUGCCUGUUAAGUGUACUAAUAUCUAUUUAAAUAUGGUUAUUUUUUAAUACAACUAUAUUAGUUGUAUAUACAUAUUUUUUAUCUUUUUCCAGUAGUAUAAAAUGUCAGUCUUGUUUAUAGAAAUAUGUCUAUUGUAUACUUUAAGAGCUCUUUAGCUGAAACUUGCCAUUAUUAUUCAUAAACACUCUUGUAUCCACUUUUGUUACCUAAAAGAGGUAUAUUAUAGGCUGGUAAGUUGCAAUCUUAACUUAAUAUGUGUAUCACUAAAAUCAUUACUAAGAAUAAUUUACUGUAUAAUUAGUCUGUGUUUUGAUUCUCUUCAGGAUAAGAGGUCAUUUUGAAUAGUAGGUACAUUAUCUGCAUACUGUUAUAUUUAAUGCUUUUGUUUAAUUCUAAUAAUAAAUUGCUGUUAGUUAACGCAUUUAUAUUACAAGUAUUUUUUAUAUUAUUAUUAUAUGUAUAUAUAAAUAUAUUUUAUUAAUAUCUAAACUUGACAUCGAUAAAUAUAAAUUUACUACCUAUAUUAAAAAAAUCUAUACCUGAACAGGUUUCAUGUACUUACUCUUCAUAAGAACAUUUUAGCAAUUUUAAUAUAUAUAUGUAUGUAUAUAAUAUAUGUAUGUAUGUAUGUAUAUAUGAAUGUAUUAAAUAAAUAAAACUCGAUUUUAAUUGUAGAGAGUUUAGUCAGUGUUAGAGUGAGUGGAGUUAUAAUGGCUAAAAUUUUUAUAAAAGAGUCAGGCACCUUUGCACACUAAUAUUGUAUAGAUUUAGAGUAGGUGUGUUACUUAAAUUUCUAAUGUUGAGUCUUAUGAUUAUUUAAAAUAAUGGUGCGUUGGUCAGAAUUAGAUAUAAUGAUAUAUGCAUUCUAAAUUAUAAUAUAGAUUUUCUAUGUACGCCAUUUAUUUUCAUACUAAUAGCAUAUAUUAUAAUAUUACAAUAAUUUAUCUGAGUAAUUUUGAAGAUAGAGAUAGGCAUAUAACUGAUAUAGCUUUUUAUAUAUACCUAUUUUCAUUGUUUUGAGUUUUCAUUUAGUAAAAAAACAUUAAAAUAUUAAGUUGAUGACCUAGUACCCAUAUUUAUAAUUUACAUAUUUGAUGCUGAUUUAUCAAUCUUUGAUAAACUUAGUGUAUCGAUCUGUAUACUGUAAUCUCAUUGUGGUUCAUAUUAUAUAUAUACUUUUAUUUAUGUUUUAAAGGUUUCUAUUUUAUUUAGUUUAUUAUUAAUCAUUCUACAGGUGUAAUCUGUUUUUUUUUGUGUACUUAGUUUUCGUUUAACUGUCUUAUUUAUUAAGGUUUUUUUGUUAAUUGUCAUAUUAUUAUAAUAUUUCAAUAUCUCAAUGGAUAAAAAAGAUAUAAGGAGAUUGUUUCAAAUACCCAGCAUAAUAAAUAAUUUAAAAGGACAAAAAGCCAUUUACAACUAUGUACCUUCUGAUUGUUUGUAAUCAUAAUUAUGUAACUUAAUAACUUAUCUGCAUAUUUUAUAUAGAUAAAUAUUUGGAACUAUCUACCUAAGUAUAGCACCAAAAGUUGAACCUUACGAAUACGUACUUAAUUGAGUUUCUGGUGUCAUAAUUUUAAUAGAAGUGAUACUAAGCAUUUUGGCAGCUUAAAUUUAAUGCAUUUAUUUAAACUACUUUAGCGCAUAUUUACAUAUAAAUUUCGUGGAAUAAUUAUAAUACCUUUAUAUGUUAAGUAAGUAAUCGGCUUCCCUAGAUAAAUGACAUACGAAUCUAUUGAUAGAUUUGCUAGCGAGUUCGAGAUAAUAUGAGACGGCUUCUUUUUCAUAUGAGCGUCAAAAAAUAGAUUCGUUUCUCACUUAUCUAAUGGAGCUAGUUGUUACUUAUUGUUGUGGUAAUUUUUUUUUUUUUGAUAACCACUACAUAAGGGUUAUCGUAGUAAAUACAAAUUUACAGCAUAUUUCAAAAUUUUUAUAAUUAUGGAAGUGAAGGCCUUAUUGUUUUGUAAUAAUGUCAGAAUUCUAAAGAUAAUGUUGCAAUGACGUCAUUAAUCCUUUCAGAGUUGGCUACUUUAGCUAAGCUUAUGUAAUGAUCCAAUAUGCUAAGAUUAUGAAGUCAUAUACUUUUAAUGUUUUGUCAAAAUGUUACCAACAUUCUCUCUGUGCCACAUACCUACCAAAAUCGUAAAAUUAUUCUAAAUUUAGGUAUUUACCAAUUAUUAGAUGUAUGUACAUGGUUAUAUAUGUUUGAUGUGUAUUCUAAGGCUGCAUGCACAUGUAAAAUGUUUUAAUAGAAACUUAACCUACAUACGUACCCUGACUUAUAAGUGAAAACAUAAGUUGCAAAUACUUGUAUAAAAACACGUACUCAACGUGUAAGAAUAAACUUGUUCAUUGCCUAAUUAUUACAGAUCAGUAAAUUAAAUAGAAUUAAAUAUAAUAACACAUAUUGUCAAAAAUAUUUAAUACUUAAUGUUGUUGUGAAUUUGCGGUGCCUAUGGUAAGACUGAUUAGAAAUUACAAUAUUUAUUUUCCAAAUGUGCCUAUAAAUAAUCAAACUAUAAAUAUUUUCUUUUUUACCGUCACUAUAGGCGUAUAAUAUAAUUUUGAUACUUAUUUCUAAAGAGUUAUUUUUCUAUGUUUAUAGUUUCAGCUUAAUUGUUUAUGUAUACUUACGUUACACCAUCGAAGUAAUAUAAAAUGUAUUUGCAUUAUUUUUAAUAAUGUAAGGAAGUAUAGAGGCUUUUGUAAUUGUAAUAUGUACUGAGACUUAUUUUAUAUUAAAUUAAAAUUAAUAAUCUCUUGUUGUUUGUUUAAAAAAAUACCAAUUUCGACUGUCAUGACAGGUUUAAUUACCAAACAUGCCAAAUAAAAAAAUAAAACGGAAUGUUAGGUGCUUUCUAUAAUUAAGCACCUAUCUAUAUACUUCUAUAACUUGAGUAACUUACUACUGCCUAUAAAUGUUGGUCCUGUAAAAUAGGUGCAUACUAAUUCUUUAUAAUGCAAGUACAUUAAAAACAGAGUGGUUUGAUUAAAUUAGAUCUAUUUAAAAUUAAAAGAAAAAUAUUUAUUACUACGAGUAAGUGACAAAUAAAAUGUGCCGCUUUUAAUAGUUAAGUACGCAACGUCGUGAGGCUAGAUUAGGUAUUAAGUUUACAGACUAUUUUUCUAUACUUGACAUUACAUUAGUGCAGUCUUUUUAUCGAAAUAACAGUGCAAAAAUAAACUAAUAGCUAAAAUGUUUUUGUAUUAAUUAAAUAUUGCAAUUAUUAGAACUGAAUUUAGUCACGUAUUAAAAUCGUAAGCGUUUUGUUAGUAUGAACGUAAGAAAUUAUCAGUCUUGUAUGUUUUAUUUUAAAAAGAUGCUUUGUUCACGACCUUGUAUGCAUGAAUUUUGAAAGGUGAUAAAACACACCAGAUUUAAAGUUCGAUCAUCAAGAACAUAACUUAAAAACAGCGGGUCUACCAUGAAAUGAAAUUUCGAAAUUUCGAACUCAAUUUCGUGUUUUUGUUUAUACCAAAAUCGGAUCAAUAAAUGGAAUUUAACAUUUCGUUUGUCAUACAUCCUAUCAUAAAAGUCCAAAGGAACAAUAUUUUAACAUUUUUAAUAUUUCCAAAUGUAUUAUGUAAUUUUAACAUCAAAUUUCUGUUUCGUUUCGCUCCGAAAUUUCGGAAAACACUUCAUGGUAGGCCCUCAGCAUCCAGUUUAGUCCAGUAGUUUCUGCGUGAUGCUGUAACAAACGUACAGAAAAUUCCUAAAUAUUUUUUUUCCAUUGUAUUUGAUAUGAUCUCUUAUUUUUAUGUUUUUCUUAAAUAUCUUCUAUGUAUGUACAACAUAUACUGUUCGAGAGUCAUAUAAACUCGAUGGAAAGAGAAGAAUUCUAAUAAAGUUGAAAAUAAAUAAAUAUUGGUCUUAUUUAAUCUAUAUUAGCUGAACCCAAAUAAAAAAUUUUCGAAUAUCUAUGUAAAUUUUGAUGCCCAUUAAUUCAUCUCUUUCCGUGAGUAGGAAAUUAUAAAAUAGUGAUAGAUAAAAUCUGAUUUGAAAAAUCAGUUGAGGGUACAAUAGGGCAGAUAUACCUGAAGAAGGUAAAAGCCGUUAAGAAUUAAAAAAAUCUCUUACACUUGCCUUGUAUUAUUACAAUUUCACUAUAUGUAUUAAAGUGACUAAAUUCGAUAAAAAGACAUUAAAUUAUAUUUAUACCAAGUAUAGAAAAACAAAUAUUAUAUAUUGUUGCCGUUUUUAUAUAAAUGUGACAACGCGACAAAAAUAUCGAUUGUUGUAUUAAUAUUAUCUUUGCUACUUAUUUAUAUUUAAAAUAUAUUAAUGUUAUAUCUUGCCACAUAAGUAUAGAUGUGAGAAUAAUAUAUACGUAGUUAAGUAAGUGUAUCUCUAAGAUAAUUAUGUUGUGAAUGACAUCUUCCGGAAUAAUGGAACAUGUUCAUACUACUAUAGGUACUUAAGUACCUAGAUAUAUAUAUAUAGCACAACAUAUUGUCUGUAUUUCUUUGUCAAAAUAUCCAUAUACAUGGUUAAAAAUAAAAACUUAUUAAGUGUA